AUGUAUGGUCAUAGUCGACAUGAUAAACUCGGAGAGCCUCUUCCCCUGUUCGUGCUGUUGUAUGCCGUGGAUCCCGAUGUGAAGUUCCUCGGACGUUCUUCUGGGGCUAAUCUUGGCGUUAAAAUCACCAACAAUGACCUUGUAGAAAAUAUAGUCUUCUCUGUAGAACUUCUCCAGCUCCAUAUAGAAAGCUUCGACUUCCUGCUCUUCCCCAGCUUGGUGUUGGAGCGUAAACGAUGGCGUUCAGUGGGUGGCGUCGUCUCGUCUCGGUCAGCCGAUGACGUCCUACUUUAUCAUCUUGGCUAG